UUCUUCCACUUAAACCAUACUAUCACAUUUAUUAAGAAUUGCAAUAUGCAUGAAGUCCGAAUUCCACGCAAGCAGAUAAGCUUGCGGUUCCCUUAACAAAUCUGUAUAAAUAACAAAGAUUCCCAGCCAAAGUCACAGUGUCUUCCAGCCUUUCAAGCCAAGCUAAAGAUGUCUCCUAAAUUCGCUCUUGCAAUUCUGCUGCUCAGCUGCGUUCUCCUAGGAAUGGCGAAUGCCCAGCAAAACAGGCGCUCUCAGCAGUCUAGACCUCCUCGACCAAACAUCGGGCCUCGAAAUUACCCCACUCCGGCUGAGGAUGCAGAAGCCAGUGGUGGUUCUGCCACCUUGGAUUGCGUGCCCAAUCAACUGGCUGGUAAUAUCCGUGACACCAGGAAACCUAGGCCCAAGCCAUAGUUGAAAACCCGAAAAAUUUUAAUUUUGAAGCGAAGAAAAAAACUACGCAGAUAUGGUCUACAGAAAUGUAUUCUAAAUAUAUGAAUGUAAAAUGAUCAAAUUCCUUUACAUACGAAAAAAACCAAUACAUUCAAUUUACGGUAUUAAAA